AUGGAUGCUGUGAGCGGCAGCACGGCAUCUGUCACCACAGAAGCACCAUUAACAAACCUGUCCACCCACCCAUUCACUGAGUCUCCCGCGUCCGUCAAUGCGUCUGAACCCACCACUCCAGUCUCUGCACCCUCCGAGCACACUGCCCCGUGCCCUAGUCUAUCCCCACUGCCCCCCAAACCGACUCCGCCGCCGCCCAAACCCACCCACACAUGGACCAUCGAGGAAGCCCGUGCCCUGGGCCAGAAGACGUUCGAAAAGCGUCUCUGCGUCAGCCAAAUCAAACCCGCGCUGUCGCUGCAGGCGGGGAAGGACGUCGUCAAUAUUGCGCCAACGGGAUCGGGCAAGACCAUCUCGUUUCUCUUGCGGCUGCUUAUGGCGCUCGAGGAUGGGGAGGACAAGAUGAUUUUUGGAGUAACACCGCUGAUUAUGAUUGGGAAACAGAUGGAGGAGGACCUGGGGAAGCGGGGCAUAAAGUGCGUGAACCUGCACGCUGAGAACAAUUCACCCGAGCUUUACAAAGCAAUUAUUCGUGGCGAAUACCGUGUCGUCACUGCCAGUCCAGAGAUUAUGGAGUCCGACGCGUUCCGUGAGCUCUGGAAGAGCCAGAAGAUCAAGGAUCGGCUCUUGUACAUCGUCUUUGACGAGGCGCAUUGCAUCGCCGCCUGGGGCAAGUCCUUUCGCCCCCAGUACCUCAAUGUUGGCAAUAUUCGACACCUCCUCCCUCCCACCGUGCAUUUCUAUGUCACAUCCGCGACGUUGCCAUCGUACAUGCUUGACGACAUCAAGCAGAUACUGCGCCUGCGUCCCGCGGACGGGACAGCAUACCACAUUCGACCCUCUGCUCGCCCAAACAUCCACAUCGUUGUCCGUGGCAUGCGAUACGGGGUCGGUAGCUUCAGGGACCUCGCGUUACUCAUCCCGGAUGGCACAACGGCCGACAAACCCCCGCCAAAAUUUCUUGUUUUCUUCGACAGCACUGCAGAUUGUGAGGAGGCCGUCGAGUUCCUGCGGACGCGUUUACCGCCAAACUUGGGUAACAAAGUGCGAUACUUCCAUUCGACAAUGACGGUGCACUACCGCUCGGAAAAAUUCGAGGGCUUCCAGACUGGUGCCAUCUGGGGAAUGGCUGUUACGGAUGCGUUUGGGAUGGUGCGUUGA